GUGUGCAGCUGUCAAAGUCGCGCGCAUGUAAACAAAUACACACCACGGGCACAAUCAGUCCGCGAUGCUCGUCGCGUUUCCUUUCGUGCGCGGGAUAAGCCAAGCUGCACCAAAGAUGAGCUGCUCGAUCGUGCAGUAAAAACUCUCCGUUAUCGGACCAACACGCACGCAGCGGAUCGGUCGUCCGCAUGUGAAUCGAUCGCCGACCCCCGGAAGACCGGAAGGGUUGCCUCCCUGGAUCACGAUGGACAUCCUGAUCGAGCCAGACUGCUACAAGGUGUGCCGCAUCUGUAUGGAAAGCUGCGAGGACGAUUGCGUAUGCGUGUACGACGAGUUCGAGGAUGUGCUGCUGAGCGAAGUGAUCAAGGAGUGUGCUCGGGUAGAGAUACGCAAGAACGAUGCACUGCCACGGAAUGCGUGCCGGAACUGUGCCGAGUACAUGAUCAUUGCGUACCACAUCAUACAGAAAUGUCGCGACUCGGACGUUACGCUACGGUCCAUCUUCAAGCAUGAGCUGAAUCUGCACCGCGACGAAAAGACAGCGGAUACCGCCGCCGCUGUUGCGGAGCUGCGUGCGGAAGAUAUGGAUCCGUCGGGUUACGAGUUUCUGCUUGCCAACGGGUACGACGACAUGAUGCUGGACGAUGAGCGUAUGCUGCUGGAGAAUGCGAAUGCAAACUGCGAUUUUGCCCCGUCGAGCGAUAAGAAGACUACUAGCGAUGAUAGUGCAGAAGCCUUUGCCGAUGAAACUGCUAUCCAGCCACAGCUGCUGCCGUCCGUACAACCGACGCAACAUCAACGGGGGGAAGAAGCAACGAACGUUCAGGGCGCAUUGGAUGCGGAACAAAUUAAGCAGGUUCUUUCGAACGAGGAUGUAGCGCUGAUCCUCGAGUACGGUGAAAAGGCACUUGCUCUUAGUAUGGGUAAAGCCACGGACACGGUCCACGAGUCGAGCGAAACCAACGAAGAAGACAUUUCGUUCGUCGAUCCAGAACGGCAGAAAAAGUGUUGCGGUUGCCGGAAGCUGUUCGACAGUGACCAAAGCUUGCGGGAACACUCUCGGGCGGUGCAUCUGCCCGUCGCCUCGUCCCCAGCCCAGUGUGCCUCGGACGACGGCAACCCGCUUCGAUGUUCGGUGUGCUUCAAACGCUUUAGCAGUAGACAGCUGCUGAAAGAGCAUCAACGAACCGUGAACCGGAAGUACGCCUGUCCGCAGUGUGGAAAGCGGUUCAUGACGCAGGCCAACCUGGACAUCCACAGCAAAUGCCACAAAAACAAGGAAACGUACAAAUGUUGCGGCUGCCGUAUCGAUUUCGAGCAGGAGCUGGAUCUGCUGGUUCACUCGCAAGAAGUGCACCGCCCGGAACGGACGAUCGACGCACAAAAACCGUUCGAAUGUGACACGUGCUAUCGGCGCUACCCGACGCGCAAAUCGCUCGCAACGCACAAACGCCAAAUCCGCCAGUUUCAGUGCCAACUGUGUGGGGCAAUGUUCAUGAAGCAGCUCUUCCUGCAGUUGCAUCUGGAGCGGGCACAUCAGCAGGAAGCGGUAGAAACCCGUCGCCGAUGCUGCGGUGGGUGCAAGGAAGACUUUGCCGAUGCCGCCGCCCUGCGGGAACAUUCCGAGCGCGUCCACAGACCCACCACCGAUGGGUCAGCCGGUUCCGGUACGGACGAUGGCAAACCGUUCGAGUGUAACGUCUGCCGGAAGCGCUUCUCCUCGGUAUUCUUUCUGCUGCAACACCAGCAAAAGGUGUGGCGGCAGAAGUGCUACCCGUGCACGAUCUGCGGCCGCACGUUCGGGCGGGCACACGACCUAUCGAACCACGAGACAACGCACUCGAGCGAAAUGCCGUUCGAGUGCAGUGUGUGCGGGCGCCGGUUUAAGAACAAGCUGUAUCUGAAGAACCAUCUGAAGCUGCACACGAGCAAUGCCAAGGAUCAGGUGUGCGUCGAGUGUGGUAAAGGUUUCCGCACGAAAGAUUUGCUCAAGACACACCUCAUCAGCCACUCGCAGGAGCGCAAGUAUGCGUGCACGGCAUGUCCGGCCACCUUCAAGCGGUUGCAGUGCUUGAAGAUUCACACCCGCGUCCAUACGCGCGAGAAGGCUUUCGUGUGUGCCGUGUGCCAGAAACGGUACGUCCAGUCGUCCGAUCUGAAGCGACACAUGCGCACACACAAUCCGGGUGACGAAGGAAAACCGUUCCAGUGCGAGUACUGUCUGCGCAGGUACCCGCGAAAGGACUAUCUGAAGGUACACAUUCGGAAGCAGCAUCUGGAAAAGCUGGAGGGCGGAGCGGCGGAAAUGUUGCUGCUGCCGGGCGUAGCUCUGGGCAGUGACGAAAGUGCGGUGAAAUUGGAGCACAACGAGUCACCGAAUGAGAUCGAUGAUUUUAUGAACUGUUAGACCAAUUGAAGGACGAUUAAGACAAAGCUCCUCUAGUGAAUAUUACACGAACAGCUGUUUGUAGCUGCUAUUCCGACUGCCAUUACAGCCCCUUUUUACCUCAGGAUUUUGAAUCUGUACACCAGAAUCCCUGUGCGGACGCGACAACAAUGCAAUGCCACAAUAAACUGUUGCGAAAUUUUAA